UUCUCACUUUCUCCAUCAGAUCACCAGGGCUUCUCCAAACACUUGCUCUCAUUUUUUUAUCGGGAAAUUUCUGCCAUCUUCUUUGAGUUAUACACAACCAUGGUAUUUUGGGUUUUUGGAUAUGGUUCACUUGUGUGGAACCCUGGUUUUGAAUACGACGAGAAAGUGAUGGGUUACAUCAAGGACUACAGGCGUGUUUUUGAUGUUGCAUGCAUUGAUCACAGAGGUACCCCUGAGCACCCUGCUCGGACUUGCUCUUUGGAGUACCAAAAAGGAGCUAUUUGCUGGGGUGCUGCUUAUUCUGUACGCGGAGGGCCUGAAAGGGAAAAACUGGCAAUGGAGUACUUGGAAAGGAGAGAAUGUGAAUAUGAUUUAAAGACCCUUGUGAACUUUUAUAAGGAAGGGGACUUCUCUGGGUCUGAGCCUUCCGUGACAGGAGUGAUUGUUUUCACAUCCACUCGAGACAAGGAAUCAAACAAGUAUUAUCUGGGUCCUGCUCCAUUGGAGGAUAUGGCAAGGCAAAUCGCCACUGCAUUUGGGCCCUGCGGAAACAAUAGAGACUAUCUCUUUCGAUUGGAGAAGGCUAUGUUUGAUAUUGGCCAUGAAGAUGACUAUGUGAUUGAGCUUGCAAAUGAGGUGAGGAAGGUACUUGGAAUUGUGGGGAAAGGAAUUCCGAAGGAGAAGAAAUUGGCUGGUCCACCCCACCUCCCACUCAAGUCCCACAUCCCAGCCCUUCAACUGCAUCCACUUCCCGAAGCCAUCGCCAUGGACUCGUAACAUUUGAACACAAGACAACGAUAACAGAAAGAAGAUUGAUGACCCAUAUAUCCCUACCCCUAGUUUUACUUUCCUUUCCUUUUGCCUCAACUCCCACGAGGAGAGAAGACAGAUGUCCUUUUUUUCUUCUUUGUUUUUGGUAAGCUUAUUUCAGCGGCCUGCUUAGCAGAGGGGUCACGCUUUCUAGCAUCGUAGAAGAGAUUAGGUUUGAGUGCGGCAAAAACACAUGGUUUGGUUGGUUAGGAAUGAAUAUGAGGAUGAUAACUAACCUCUUCUUUUUCCAUUCUUUUAUCCUUUACGAAAACUAUGUCGGAUGUAACGUUUACAGUCAUUUUAAUUUAAAGAAUGUUUCCAAUUUCUAGUCUUUGAUAAGUUUGUAUGUGUGGAAUAUGCGAGGAUGAUGGAGGGAUGUAACACUCCCAAUAGUGGGCUUUGCACUUUUGAUACAUAUUUGAAUUUUACAAUAUUAUUUUA